GUAUCUGUAGCUGCGACAACAGCAGACAUACAGACGGACAGUCAAAAUGUGUAAAUUAAACGAAUCAUGCAUCGAAUCGACCGGAGAGUGGAAUAAAAGAGUGUAUAACUCCAAUAAAUACACGCAGUGGCAUAGUAAACGAGUGAGAGCGAGACCGAGCACUGACUAGAGCACACAUUCAUAUGAACAGCAAAGAAAAUAAUAAUAAAAAAUAAAACUACAGUGCCUUGCAGUAAUUCAACCAAAUCCAAUAGCAUGAAUAAUAUGGGGAAACGAGUAGUGCGAAUGCGCCGUUGCUGCUAAACACCCAAGCACAGACAUUUGACAGUGUCAACAACAAACAAUAAGUACGAUACCGUCGCGCAAAACGGUAUUACGUACGUCUCUACGAGAGCAGAAGCACUUGCUGAGCGAAUAAAUUGUUUUUCACUUCUUCUUUUCAACUCUAAAUUUGUUUCGAACCGUUUAAAAUUCAUUCUCACAUUUUCAACUGAAAGUGAAACGCGAAAAUAAAAUCCAUUUGAUGAUUAACAACAUUAAAAAUCGUUUGAAAGCAAGGAAAAAAAUCGAGUGACCAAAUAAUUUUAGUGUAUAUAUGAUUCAUUGUUGCCAUCCAUUGGGAAACGGAUUGUGGUGUGUAAAGCGGUGUGUGUCGAGGAAAAUCGAUAUUGGUCCGUUUUUGAUUCGAAUGAAUUUUGCAUGAUAGUGUCGUUUCACAUUUUCUUUUUUUUCCUUUUUGUGAAAACAAAAACUAAAACAUGUACAAGUGGUUCGAAAAGAAAAUAACAAUAAUCAUGAUAAAACCACCGGGAUAUUCAUGAAUUUAGAAAGAAAUCUACACGCAUUCAAAAGAUAGACUGAACGAUACAAAACACAAUAAAUAAGAAGCAAAUGUUGCCAAUCACACUGUAUAAUGAACAUUUUAAUUGGUGAUAAAUAUUUUUUUGGUCAUUUCACAUCACUUUGUGACACCGAAAGAUGAAAUUGAUGGACUUUUUUGUUUAAUGCUGAUCGAAGCCAUAAAGUUGAAAAAAAAAAAAAUAAUCGCAAAGUGUGGUACAACAAUUAAUUGAUCUCUCAGCCUAAAUUUGUGCUGUGCAUUGUAUAUAUUGCCUAUGUCACAAACAACGGCCAAAAUAUUCGAAACGCUUCAUGGUUUCAUUUGCAAUUUGAAUUUUUCAUGUGUAGCAACGGAUCUGUGUUUGUCUCUGUCUCACGCUCACCCUCUUUCACUUUCUGUUUCGUCAACAAAAUCCGUGAAUGAAAAUUUUGUGGUUCAAUUUUGGUGUGUCAUAAAUUAGAGCAAUAUCGAAAUGAAAUGAUAUUUCAGAGACUGCAAACCAAUUAGAUUGUGAACAAACAGCUGUAGUGGUGAACGCAUGUUUUGUCGAAGAAAAAAAACUUAGACAAAAGAACUCAGUGUGAGUGUGAGGGAGAAACCAUCAGUAGUUCCAAAUGUUAAACGUUUAGAUUUUGAUACUCGAAUAGAAAUGAUUAAUUCUCAAAACGGUAAACAUACCAUUCGAUGAGUAAAACGGAGAAACAAAAGUGAAAACAGUUCAUAAACGGUCUUAUCGAUAUUUAGUCCAUUUUUUUUGUAAUAUAUCGUAGACCAACGUUGGCAACGACUUUAUUAAUUGCCAAGCAAAAAUAUUAAAGCAAAAAAAGGGGAAAAGCGAAUAAUUUUAUUGCGAAAAUCGAGCGCACAAAUUAAUUUCAUUCGUCCGACGUCAAUUGUUCAGCAAUCAAACAUGGAACGUAAUAACAACAAUUCGAGUGCUCGGAAUAAGAAUUUGGUGAAGAAUGAGUGCGUACAAGUGGUGGUACGAUGCCGUCCGAUGAGCAAAAAAGAGCAAGCUAGUGGUGAAUACAAGCAAGUUGUCGAUGUAUAUCCAUCACGUGGUGUCGUCGAAAUUCAACAUCCAAGCAAUACAAACCGCGAAAAUCGUAAAAUGUUCACAUAUGAUGCGGUUUAUGAUAAAAGUGCAACACAAAAGAGUUUAUAUGAUGAAGUGGUGCGACCUUUGGUGUCAUCGGUGCUUGAAGGUUUUAAUUGUUGUGUAUUUGCCUACGGUCAAACGGGCACUGGUAAAACAUUUACGAUGGAAGGUAUUCGAUCGAAAAAUGUUCGUGCAUCGGCCAUUGAUAGCAUUGGCGAAAAUAAUAAAGAACUUGAAGGCAUCAUUCCACGAGCUUUUGAACAAAUUUGGUCGAAUAUUAGCCGAUUAGAGAAUAUGAACUUUUUAGUAGCUGUUUCCUAUUUAGAAAUCUAUAUGGAAGAAUUGCGCGAUUUAUUAAAACCGAACAGUUCAAAAUCAUUGGAAUUGCGUGAACACGAACAAAUGGGAGUUUAUGUGCCGAAUUUACAUUCGGUUCUGUGUAAAAAUGUUGAUGAAAUGCUUAACGUAAUGGCUCAAGGUAAUAAGAAUCGAACAACUGGCAAAACAAAUAUGAAUGAGCAUAGUUCAAGGUCACAUGCAAUUUUUAUGAUAAAAAUUGAAAUGUGUGAUUUGGAUACGAACAAAGUAAAAGUGGGUAAAUUGAAUUUGAUCGAUUUGGCCGGCAGUGAACGUCAAUCGAAGACCGGUGCCACAGCCGAUCGCCUUAAGGAAGCGAGUAAAAUAAAUCGUGCACUUUCAUCAUUGGGCAAUGUUAUAUCGGCGUUGGCUGAAAAUUCACCGCACAUUCCAUAUCGAGACUCAAAACUGACACGACUACUGCAAGACUCAUUGGGUGGCAAUUCAAAGACCAUUAUGAUUGCAAACAUUGGACCAUCAUCUUAUAAUUACAAUGAAACGGUUACUACAUUACGGUAUGCGCAACGCGCCAAAACCAUUCAAAAUAAACCUGUCAAAAAUGAAGAUCCACAGGAUGCCAAACUUAAAGAAUACCAACAAGAAAUUGCCAAAUUACGGCAAAUGAUUGCGGAGCGUCAAAACAAAGAGAAAACGAUACCAAAGCGAAAAAAGAAAAAGAGCAUCAUUGAAGUUAUAUCGAAGAAUGAAUUAAAUCAAUAUGACGAUGAGGACGACGAUGAUAAGGACGAUGAUGUUAGUGAUAAUGAAAAAGACUCGAUAAAUGAUGCAAUGGCCGAAACAAACGAAGCAUUGACGCGCGAGAAAGAGAUUACAAAUACUUUAACAACAAAAUUAACAGAGAUGGAAAGUCGACUUGUUCGCGGUGGACGUAAUAUUUUAGAUACAUAUAAUGAACGACAAAUUGAAUUAGAGAAAAAACUCGAAGAAAUUGCCGAACGAAAGAAGCGUGAAGUUGAAAUGCAACAGCAGCUUGAAUUGCAGGAAGAGACAACGAUUGAAAUACGCGAAACAUUAACAUCCGUUCAGCAAGAAGUUGAGCUCAAAACUCGCAAAUUGAAAAAAUGCUAUGCCAAAUAUAUGGCCUUAAAACAGGAGCUAAUUGACACAAGAGAUGAGCAUAAUCGUGAAAGGAGAGAACUGGAAAUGUCACAAAACGAUUUGAUUAAGGAAUUGAAACGAAUUCUCUUGUUGGUUGAUAAUUUUGUGCCGAUUGAAGUGAAAACUCGGCUGUACACACAAGCACGCUACGACGAAGAAUUAGAAGAAUGGACAAACAAUUCAAGUCGUUUGACGGACAACACACCGCUUCGACGGCCAGUGUCUCAACCGCAUCGAAGACGUCCAAUAUCCGAAUAUGCACUGAAAUUAAUGCAAAGAAAUGAUGACGAUUCAAUAAAUAUUCGAGGUGAAAAUAUUCUGAUGCAUGAACUAGAUAUGCCAUUAAGAACAACCACCGAUUAUAAAAAUCCAAAAAUAUCGGCAUCACUGCAAGCGGUUUUGGCUGAAGCAUUAUCCACUGACGAUGAUGUUGACAUCACGGGCCAGACCAAUCAACAGAUCAUGCGAUCCCGCUUGGAUAAGAUACUCAAUAGAAAUGCACAAGAACCUAUACAAAAUAGAGUUCAAUCAUCGUCUAGAAUCAAAUCAUCAAAACCAGAUGUUGGUAUGACCGCGCGUCGCAGUGUGUCAUCGUCGCGAAAGCAGCCAACAUCUGCAUAUCCAAAGUCCAGAGGACUUAUUACCAAAUAGUAUACAUAAUUUUCGCACAAUCAUCUAACUUAUUGUUCACAAAUGGCUCGUCGUCGGUCGCAUAUUUUCUCAUCUAUCGAAACAAACAUGAAUAUAUUGAUCGCAUCCAAGUGAAAAUGGCUUGUCUAUUUACUAAACAUGUAUUGAAAAAUUCUCAUUGUUUUUAUGUUCAUUUUUUGUUUUUGUGAUAUUCAACAAAUAAAUGUUAGUUUCAUAUUGAGGAGUUUGAUACUUCUGUUCCACACAAUAUUCGGAUGUCGAGCGAAUGGAAACCAUUUGAUUUUGCCCACAAUCCGUUCUAGAUCUAGAUUUAAAAGAAAUAAAAUAAAAUCCUAGCUUCAAAUUCAUCUUUGAAAUCGCGAUUAAACUAGAUAAGGAAUAUAUAUAUUCAAUCAAAUGCACAUUCCAUCAGCAAACAUUUAAUCUGGAAUAAUAUAAUAACAAGCCAACUGGCAAUCAAGUGACUUCGAUUGCUUUAAUAAAGAUAAACCAUCUUUUUUUUGUUAUUUAAUUUAUUGAUUGUUAAUUGAUUUUUACUAUUUAUUUGUUUUUAAAGCCAUCGGAAAUAAAUGACAAAACAUUUUAUGAUCUCUGUAUUGAAUAUUCGCCAAGCAACCACAAAAAAUAAAUAUUGCUUUCAUAUUGUA